GCCUGUCCAGAGGGGCGGAGGCCCUGGGAGGUACCACGUGGGAACUCUCCGGGCUCAAUCUCCUGCGGACGGCCACUUUGGGUCUAGGUUGGCAUUGAAACCGUGGACAUGAGGAAGGAAACGCCGCCUCCUGUAGUGCCCCCGGCGGCCCGCGAGUGGAACCUUCCCCCUAAUGCGCCCGCCUGUAUGGAGCGGCAGUUGGAGGCUGCGCGGUACCGGUCGGAUGGAGCGCUCCUGCUUGGGGCUUCAAGCCUGAGUGGUCGCUGCUGGGCUGGCUCCCUCUGGCUGUUCAAAGACCCCUGUGCCGCCCCCAAUGAAGGCUUCUGCUCCGCUGGAGUCCAGACGGAGGCCGGAGUGGCUGACCUCACUUGGGUGGGGGACAAAGGUAUCCUGGUGGCUUCCGAUUCAGGUGCUGUCGAACUGUGGGAGCUGGACGAGAACGAGACACUCAUCGUCAGCAAGUUCUGCAAGUACGAGCACGACGACAUCGUGUGCAGCGUCAGCGUGCUGCGCUCCGGCACGCAGGCUGUCAGCGGGAGCCAGGACUUCUGCAUCAAGGUUUGGGACCUGCCUCAGCAGAUGGUGCUGAACUCGUACCGGGCUCACUCGGGGCAGGUCACCCGUGUCGCCGCCUCUCCCCACCAGGAUUCGGUGUUUCUCUCGUGCAGCGAGGACAGUCGGAUUCUGCUCUGGGAUACCCGCUGCCCCAAGCCGGCGUCGCAGAUGGGCUGCAGUGCCUCUGGCCACCUUCCUACCGCCCUGGCUUGGCAUCCUCAGCAGAGCGAAGUCUUCGUCUUUGGUGAUGAGAACGGCACCGUCUCCCUCGUGGACACCAAGAGUGCGGGCUGCGCCCUCAGCUCGGCGGUGCACUCCCAGUGCGUCACGGGGCUGGUGUUCUCCCCACACAGCGCCCCCCUGCUGGCAUCUGUCAGCGAGGACUGCUCCCUCGCCCUGCUGGACUCGAGCCUGUCCGAGGUGUUCCGAAGUCGAGCCCACAGAGACUUCGUGAGGGACGUCACGUGGUCUCCACUCAACCACUCCCUCCUGACCACCGUGGGCUGGGACCACCGGGUCAUCCACCACGUGGUGCUCACGGAUCCUCCCCCAGCCCCGGGGCCUAACAGUGUCGCUGAGUAGGCCGGGUUGAAGACAAAAGGCAGAUCCCCCAGAGUAGCCUCGCCCUUUGCCCCUGCCCCUCAGCUUGUGAGGCCGUGCGGAGGCCUCCGCGGCAGGCUGACGCCCGGAUCUGGGCAUCACUGGGCGUGUCUCCCAGCCGGGGGGUGUCUGGGUGCUGGGAUCCUGUAGGCGCGGGGAAGAAAACCUUCCUGGAAGAUGGGUUGGUUUGUACGUCUGAGUGUGUGUGUGUGUGUGUGUGUGUGUAGUUUUUGGUUGUAGGGGGGAUAAGAAGUCCAUCCCACAUUGUUCCUGGGGCUCACCCUCCCCACCACCCUAAAACAGAGUUCACAAAAGGGUUUUGUGCUUCCCAUGUGGCUGUGCGUGAGGAAUUGGCCACAACCGGGUGGCAUGUGGGAUGUGGGCAUUCCUGGACCGGAGGACGCAGCUCGCAGGCCACUCAUGGACAUCGGAGCGUUUUAGUAGACUGAUCCACCGCGGGCGUGGGCGGGGCCCCGUUCACGGAAAUCCACCCCGCUCACCCUGAGGGAGAGCCGCAUCGCUCACCACGGUUCUGCACAUCUUGCCAUUGAACUGACUCAGAAAUCCACUUUCUGGCCCAAUAAAAUGUGACUGGUGCCUGUG